GAGCAGCAGUCAGAGAGCCAGUAGUUCCUCUCGGCCAUGGCGGAGUCCCAGCUGGUGUGCAUGGACGAUGAGCACGUCAACGAGAAGGUCCCGGAGUCCAGGCCGGAGUUCUACUACAGCGAGGAGCAGCGGGCGGCCCUGGAGCAGCUGCUGAGGAGCGGAGACGGAGCCUUCAAGAUGCGCCUCAAGGAGGACAACAUCAAGGACUUCCUCUGCGCCAAGGAGGUCAAAGUCAUGAGAGAAACCUUCCAGGAGUACGACACGGACAGCGACUCUGAGCCCGGCGGGGAGGAGAAGCCCAGGGAGGCCUCCAGCGCGGACUCCGGGGUCCACUCCACCUACUGGCCGCAGAUGUCCGACACCGAGGUGCCGUCUCUGGACAUCGGCUGGCCGGCCAGCAGCGGGGUGUAUAAGGGGGUGACCCGGGUGUCCGUUUACACCCAUCCGCCCAAGGAGCCCGGGCCCCACAUCAAGGAGGUGGUACGGAGACUCAUCCAGGGUUCACAUAAGGUGGUGGCCAUCGUCAUGGACCUCCUAACGGACCUGCAGAUCCUCCAGGACCUGCUGGAUGCCUCGUCCCGCCGCGGGGUGGCUGUUUACGUUGUGUUGGAGGCCAGGGGAGUUCCCCACUUCCUGGAUAUGUGCUCUCGGUUGCAGAUUAAUGGCAUGCAUCUGCGGAACCUUCGUGUGCGGAUGGUGAGAGGGGCGGGGCUCGCUCUGUCUUUUGGAAAGCUGCCCGGCUCCUUGACCUCUAAAUACAUGCUGGUCGACGGGGAGAAAGUCAUGUUUGGGUCCUACAGCUUCACGUGGAGUUCAUCCCGGCUGGACAGGAGCACAGUUACUGUAAUGACUGGCCAAAUUGUGGACUUCUUCGACAGUGACUUCCGGGAGAUGUACGCGGUGUCUGAACAGGUGGACCUCUACAAGGAGUUCAGCAUAACCAAACCUCCUCUUCCUACACCCAUCCUAAAGCCAAAGGUGGAGCACAUUCGGCCUUUGCCUGUCUCCAUGUCUCGCUUUCAGGUAUCAGUCGGCGAUUCGAGACAAACUGACCUAAAGGUACCUGCACAUAAGUACCACAAUCCCAAGUACUCCCUAGUUUUUGGGAACAGUUUAGGCCUGACAGGUUCUUUACAGGACCUGUCCACUCAGAAAGAUUUACUGGUUGGUGGGAUGAAUCAGAGAAACGGGCUGCAGAACAGCUUCCUUCAUACCAGCAAGGACAAGACGGACAGAGUCACCUCACCAAGUCCAUCUUCAACCACAGAGCAAGAGGAUAAGGAAGGAAAGGGGAGUCUGAAGAAGAAUGAAGGGACUAGUGUAAAGAAGCCACGCAGUUCCUUCAGGCACUUUUUGAAAGGCAGAGGAGCCAAUCAGAACACAGAGACUAUAGAGGAAGGCGUGGUCACCCCUCAGAGCCCCGCCGCCACCUCUCAAGAACCAGAGACUAACGGUGUGAUUGGAAAUGAACUGGAGGACUCGUUUGAAAUCCUGGAUAAACCAGGACCUCUGAAACUCAAAACCAAGAAACCGUCAAAGCACAUCCAGAGGAGCGUGUCUCUGCAGACCAUCAACACCGGAGAUGAAGAUGGUUUAAAAAGCCGCCGGCGGCAUCAGAAGAAGAACUGCAUUCAGUCUUGAGAAGAAAAUCAGCCUUGCAUGCAGACUGAAUCUCCUGGUGCAGCAGCUGAGUCACAGCAUGAUUUAACUGUUACCAGGUGGAAACCACUUUAUCAGCAGCAGGUGCUGAAAAUGUUACUGAACUAAAGGUCAGCUAGAGAUUCUUAGUAGCCAAAAAAGUGCCGUCAAUGGCAGCUUGCCAUCUGACACUUUUCUUGUUUUUUUCUACAUUUUGUAUUAAAUUAUUUGACUAUUCAGUGUUUUACUUAGUGUUUCACUUUAGCCUGAACAGCACAUGGUGUAUUACAUCAAACUGGUUGCUAUGGUGACUGGACAAUUGAUGGCUGUCUCUUCUCUUUUGGUUACAAAGUGUGUUGUACACACAAAUGUACAAAUUAAAUGAUGUCAGUCCUCAACAAUUACAACUCUGAUGUUGAACUUAAAUAAAAAACAACGGCAUCAGUAAAAUGAUGACCCAGGGAGCAAAUAUGUUUCUCACAGGAGAUCAGGAGACAAUCAGCAAUAAUUGUUCUCUCUGUCUGUAUGGGACGAAUAAAAAUCUUUGAAUAAAAUGUUUAGCAUAAGUGUGAAGAAUUUAAA